AUGAAGAAACUAUAUUUUUCGACGGUGGAGCCCACUAUGGUGACCUGGUACAGGUUCACCAACUUGAGGGUCACUGUUAUUUCUGGGUUAACAGGCCAAGAUAGGAGUGAUUUUUCUUAUAAAGUUAUCAAAGAUGUUCAGGUUGUGCCUAGGUUUAUUGGUGAGUGGGGUGAUGUAAUCGUUACUUUGAAGGAUGGUACUAAGGUGGACUUGAGAAGUGUUCCUAAGUUUAGGGAAAUUGCUAAGUACUGCCAAUCCAUGGCUGAAAAGAAUGUGGCUUUAAAGGAAAGUGACCCGAAAGUUGAUAUAAGUGAUGGGAACAACUUCCAUGUCCUUUUAAUUGGCAGAAAGUCUAAUUGGAGAGACAACAUAAAUAUUCGAAAUGAAGCUUCCAGGAAGCUUGGGCAGAUUGAUGCCAAUCAUGCAUGUAUGAAAAGUAUAAAAGCAGGAAGGAGGCCAGAGCAUGGGCCUCCGGGUGUAAUUCAAACUGAAAGUGACCAGCUUGGCUGGGACACCAUGGGACUAUCCUGGUUAUAUGGUCCUCUCAAUUGUGGAAUAUUGAAUUCUUGA